UCUUCAGAAGUCUUCAGAUUUUCUCCAAGCAUUUCGGUUCGCGUUUCGUCAUCCCGUCGUCGGAAAGGUUUAUUUUUUCUUGAAAAAUAGUGCUUGUUGGUUAAAAUGAAUCUCUAGUGCAUGUGAAAACGCGUAUCCGGGAUUCAAAAUGAUCGAGUGUUGUGUUAAACUGUGUCCGUCAACUACGUUUCGCCCGAAGUUUCCGUUCUAUCGCUUUCCUGUGAUCCGCUCGGAUGAGAACCGCCAGGCAUCGGUUGACCGAAGAACGGCGUGGAUCCGAGCCGUGGGAAGGAACAAUGUGAACUGGGACCUGGCAGUGGUCUGCGGUAGGCAUUUCCUCUCCGGAAAGCCAUCCCAGUUACAUGAAACGGACAGUGCCGAUUGGAUUCCGUCGUUGCAUAUGAGUGGGGCAGAUAAUGGGAAGCAGCAGCGGGAGCCGAAGGCUGCGGUAAAAGGAGUAGCAGCAGCACCCGCAACUGGCUCUAAAAGUGUCUUGGGAUCGUCUACGGUGACCCCCAGUAGUGAUCCGACGGUGGCCAAAUCCAAGGCCGCACAACAGCGGGAGAAUCUGAUUAGAACCAACUCGAAGAAAAUCUGCCGACUGUGUUUGGGAAAGGACGUCCGAUUGACUAGGCCGUUCGAGAAUGAAGGUGGUCCGGAUGACGAUUUGUUGCAGAGAAUAUACGAAUGUACUACUGUGAAGGUCAUGCUGAAAGAUAGCUAUCCGGUUGCAAUAUGUGCAAUAUGCGACACUAAAUUAAAAGAGUACAGCAGAUUCCGCGACAGAUGCAUCGAGAAUGACGAAUUACUACACAACAUUCUCGACGAGGGUGACAAGGACGAGGAGGAGAGUAAUGACGAAGUGAAGGUGAUUAGUCCGGAACAACUCAUUUCAACGGAAAUCCGCCCGUUGGAGUUUCAGGAAUCGAGUGAAAUCAGAGAUCUCCAGUUACAAUUGUACGGUUCGUCCGAUGAGAAUACGCUCAGCCAGAGUGAAUUUGCCGGUUCGGAUAGGACGAGUGCAAUAACUCCGCUGCCGAAAAUCACCCACGUAACCUCGAAUGCAUCAACUGAUACCAUCGCAAGUACCAGCACUGUCGACAAAGUACAAGAUGCAGCUGAAACGAACCCUUCAACUGCGACGGCAACGUCGACAGAAAAAGCAACUGUACCUGCCGUCAAACCAACUAUAAGCGUAAAACCGUUGUCCAGUCUGGCUGCCAAACCUAAUGUAGAAUCUUCUGAGAAAGCUGUUCCAGAAACAACGGAAUCCUCUGCAUCCAAGGAAGGCGACAAAAACUCCCCGCUUCAGUUUAACGUGAACCCGGACGGACGCUUGGAGUGCAAAGUCUGUUCAAGACCUUUCCGCAAUUCGUACACCCUUCGCCGUCACAUGAAUUUGCACACUGAAGAGAAUCUUUACACUUGUGAAUACUGCAAUAAAAAGUUCAACGAUCGAUCCAAUUGGAAGAUUCAUCUGCGGGCUCACACGGGCGAUAAUCUGCUCCGAUGUGCUGUUUGUUUCAAAACUUUUAUCUCUCCAUCAACUCUAAAGUAUCACUUGCGAGCACACCGAAAGCUGAAAGCCUAUGAGUGCAAGUUCUGUUUAGAGGCAACCAGUAGUUACCAAGCCUUAUCGGAUCACAUUUCGGCGAAACAUGGCGACGUACGGUUGGAAGACUAUGCUAAGCACAUCGAGGAAACGUUCGCGGCCGGAGAUUUUCUCAAAAUCGAGAUGGAAGCGGACGAAACUACACUGUCAGCGGCGCUCGCGGCUGGUUUGCAGGCUGAUAGUGAUGAAUCUGCUUCCGAAAUGGCACCACGUCCUCCGCCAUUAAUCGCAGCACCGGCAUCGGCGAUGCUGGGUGCUACUGCCGUCGGUCUCAGCGGCGAGAUUAAAAUCAAGGAAGAGGUACCCGAUUUGGACGAUAUAGCAAUCAAACAGGAACCGGUUGACGAAGAAACUCUGGGUACGUUGGUUGGCAAUCAUGACGGUACACAGGUGCUAACGCAACACCUGUCAACCUUGGUUCCACCGACCGAAGAGGAAGCUCCUCCAGUGAUUCUGUUCCGGUGUGACUAUUGCAUGAAGAUCUUCAAGUAUCUGUAUGAAUUGCGGGUGCACAUGAAAAUACACAACGAGCCGAAAACGGUGACGAUCCCAGUGGAAUCGGCCUCGCAACCGCCUCCACCGAAAAAAGCGCGCCAUCCGUCGAUUGACGUGGACAUCGGUGAGCUUGCGAACGCACCACUACCGGAACAUGACUGUCCCAAAUGUGACAAAGCGUUCCGAACCGAAGAGCUGCUCAGGGUCCACAUUGAAACUCACAAAACGGACAAAGAUGUCACAAAAGCUCGAAGCUGUAAGGUUUGUUUCAAGGCGUUCAAGUGUGAACUGAAUCUGGUUUCGCACAUGAAGAAACAUCACGAGUAUGAAACAUUUGUCAGGGAACAGCAACUGCAAGAAGAGGGCGGACAACAGCCUGCGGCUACUGCCGAGGAAAAACCUCAGUCCCCGGACAGUAGCAGCAACGAUGCCGGCAAUCAAUCGCAGAGUGAAUCUGUAGACACAGCCACGACGGCUGAAGGUGGAACCUCAACAGCGUCAGGGGAGCGCAAGUGUGAGAUCUGCGCCGUGAGUUUCGACUGUGCCUACAAGCUGGAGCAGCACGUGAUGACCCACUUCAAAAACAAUGAAGCUGUUGCGUUUUUGCCAUCGGCCGAUCGGCCCUACAAGUGUACCGAGUGCCAUAAGCGGUUCAAGCGGAAGGACUAUCUGCUGAUCCACAUCCGGACGCACACCGGCGAGCGGCGACACAAGUGUGACAUGUGCUCCAGCGCAUUUGUGCACCCCUCGAAUCUAAUCACCCAUCGUAAGUUGCACUCCAACGAGCGGCCGUUCAAGUGCGAUCUUUGUCCGGCGGCAUUCAAAUUGUAUGCCGGGCUAAAGAUCCACCGGAAACGGUGUGUGCUCAAAUACCUACAGGAAAAUAGCGUCACGGUAACGUAGGUCUGCUAUGGGGGCAGACCUUAUAGGCUAAGGUUGUUUUAAGACGAGCGACUACUACUUCCGCUAAGACUUGGUGAAUGAUGAUUGCAUGUGGGAUGUGCGCGCGAUUUCAUUUUGGAAAAGUUUAUUCUAUGUAACACAUGAUUCCAAAACAAUCAAAAUACCUUAGUUUCCUUCAAAGUUUUACAAUACUGAUUUCGGUUUGUACGUUUCAUUUGCUUCGUCCUAGCUGUUCUUAAAUUGUUUUUUUUAAGUUUUGUCGUCUUGUGCUUGGUUUAUAAUUGUUCGUAAUAACACCUUUAUGCCUGAUCUUAUUUUUUAAGGCUUGGACGAUUGAAGAUUAUAUCUAAAAAUUAAUAUAAACUUAGGGAAAAGUAUCGUAUGAAUGAAUAUUUUUUCGUAUAUGUCUGUUAAAAAGUUUAUCAUAAGUUCUAAUUUUUGUAAACAGUUUUCUUAAUAACUAUACAAUAGAAUGUAAAAGCAUGUAUUUUAAAAUGAAAAAGUACAAUCCGUAAA